AUGGGUUUUCUACUGAUCGAAUUCACUUUGUGCUCGCAAAUGGUUGAUGAAUCCCCUAUACGGGUGUGGAACGUAUAUGAUCCCACUCCAUCCCCAGCUGAUUACAAUGUCGAACUCAAAAAACCAUCUACUGGGGCUGUAAUUCCAAAGGGGGAACGUUUUGUAGAUCUUAAAAGUCCUUCCCUGUCAGACACAUCAAUUUCAUCAUCCUCAAAUAACAUAUGCUUUCGUACACCCAAUCCUCCAAAGUCUUCAAAAUCAAACAAUCACCAAUUUGUAAAAACAAAGUCAACUGAAUUAUUCAAAUUCUCAGCUGAAACUGAAGCCCUCAAGGAAAAGAUUGUAGAAUGUAACAAUAAAGAUGAAACAAUCAGGGAACUCACUGAACAAAUAGAAGAUAUGAAAUCACAGCUCAGUGGUUUAGAAACCUCAAUUACUUUGUAUAACUAUGAAAAAGAAGAAUGUGAAGAGAAAAUUAAAGCUUUACAAAGUGAACAUGAAACAACAAUCAAUGAUUUGAAGCAAAAACAUCAAGCAGAAAUUGAUUAUUAUGCUGAGAAAAUACCAACAACUGAAGCAAAUCUAGAAGAAAUCAAAAGAAAAUAUGAACAACUUAAGCAAGAAAACAGAAAAGAACUUUUAACUUUGUUGAGUAACAUUAAUAAAUUUGAGGAUCUUUACAACACCUCCAUGAAAAACUUUCAGAAAGAACUUAGAGAAAAAGAAGAAGAAUUAGAGCAAUUAAAAGAUAAAAUAGAAAUCCUUAGGGUAACUCAUGCUGAAGAAAUAGAAAACCUUAAUAAAGAACAUGCAGAAGAACUUCAAAUGGUUAAAAUAGAGAUGUUGAAGAAUAUACAAGUCAUUGAAAAUAAAUUGGAAAAAGCUCAAGAGGAAAGCAAUCGGAAGAUGAAGAUUUUAGAAAAAUCCAAAAACGAGGAAUUGCUAAAUUUUAAAGAAAAAUACGAAAAAGAUAAACUUCGACUCAGCCACGACUAUAAUGCAAAAAUAAGGCAAAUGGAAGAAAAUUACAAAGAUGCAAAUAAACUGUCAGAAAUUCAAAUGAAAGAAAGAUGCCAAGAAAUCGAAUUCAACUUCAAGGUAAGACUUGAACAGCAACAGAAAGAAGCAGACGCAAUUUUAAAGGAAUGCCAAGCUAUAAGCGAAUACAACAUCAUUCAAUGCGAAAUAGAGAAAAGUACAAUAAAAAAAGACCUGGCAGAUAAAGCAGCACAAUAUGAAAGUCUUCUUUUAGAAAAAAAUAACUUGCAACAAUCCUGCAACGAUCUCUCAAAACAGUGUAAAGAUCUUAAACUCAAAUUUGACAAUGCCACUACAGAAUUGGAGACUGUUAGAUCACAAUUACAAAAUGAAAUCUUAGAGCACAAGAAAAGUAUAACUCAAGCAGAAAACGACAAGAAAGCUUAUGAACUUGCUCUUAAUAAGACUUACACAACUAUAGAAGCGUUAAAAAAUAGAUUACUAAAUUCAGAUCACGACGUUGAACAACUAAAAUCUGAACUAGAAAGUACAGAAGUUUCGAAAUUAGAAUUCGAAGGUCGUUGCAACCAGUUGCUCGCUGAAUUACAAUUAGUAACGAACCUUUACGAAGAAGUUGAAAUUUGUAAUGAAAAGACUUUGAAAAUAGCAGAAGAUAAAAUUAAAAUACUCGAAAAAGAACUUCUUAAUAAAGUCGACGUCCUAAAAGACACAGCAGAAGACACACAAAAGGCGCUACUGACACAGCUGGAACAGUACAAAAAUGAACUUGAUGUUGCAAAAAAACAUUUAAAAGAGCAAAACGAGCUUAACACAAAGGCCCAAGAACUUAUACAAACCUCUUCAAAAGAAUUGAACGGACUGAUAGUUGAAAAUGAACAACUUGAAAAUGAAAACUAUAAGAAACAACAGUUGAUUGAAGAACUAGAAAAAAAGUACAACAUAUUAAAAAAAGAAAAAGAAGAAAUUCUUAUAAACUAUGAGUGCGAUAGAGACAAAAUGCUACGACAAGAAAUUAAACUCAAAGAAGCUGAUCAAAUUAAAGAAGAAUUUUUAGAACAAACUAGAAGCUUUGAGGACCUUCUAAGAAAGAUAAACGGUCUUGAAAGGAAGAAUGAAGAAUUAGAGAAAAAGGUCUUGGAUCAAGAAUCAUUAAUUGGACCUUUCAGAGACCAAUUGGAGGCGUACGAAAUGGAAUACAAAGUUCUCGUGAGUCAAAAAUCGAACAUAGAAAACGAAGCUAAGGAAAUGGGUUUAAAAUAUGCUGAACUGUUGGGUCAUCAGAACCAGAAGCAAAAAAUCAAAUAUAUGGUUGAACUUAAAAGGAAGAACUUUGAGCUUCAAGAACAAAAAGGGGAACUGGAGAAGAAACUUCGAGCUCAAACUCGACAGAUUGAGAAACUGAAACGUGACUUGGAAAAGAAUUGCAAAGUGACUCCCAAAAAGAUGAAGAAUGGCACAGAAAACAAAGAAAAUCUUCUCAGUCCAUCCACAAAUCAUUUGGGAAGUCCUGGACCAUUAAAAGAAAGAAAUUAGGCUAAACUAAGGAAUGCUGACUGUACUGAACCAAAAAUGUAUUUUAUUUAUACCAUUAGUUAUUUAUUCCAUUAAACAUUGAGUGCACUAUAAUUAUACAUUUUGUACUUAUGUUAAGCUAUUACAACAGUAUUUUUUUAUAUAAAAUGAGAUGUUACAGUUAUAAUGGAGAAAAAAUCGAAUUAAAUAUUUUUACAUUUUUAUAACAAAACAACAUAAAAGCGCUAAUAAAUAGACAAUGAAAAUUA